UCGUAGAACUGCAUAAAACCACACGUGCAUCAGAUGGUUGCAACAACACUUUUGGCCACUCUAAGGAGCAUGCAGUCCGCUUGGUAAAAGGUUUCCAUCUCCCAGUUGCUAAAAUUUAUUCUAUAAAAACAAAAUGCCCUUGAUGCACAUCUUGCCUCUGGAUGGCACAUCCAUUCUGUUUAUUAGCCUGAUUUGUAUCAUGCUUAUUUACAUUCUUUAUCACAAAAAAAACAAUGAGAAUUUCCCACCAGGACCCAGGCCUCUUCCACUAGUGGGGAAUAUAUUUAUUAUGGACAGAAAAAGGCCUUUUCAGACUCUGAUGGAGCUGAAGGAAAAAUAUGGCUCAGUGUUCAGCAUUCAGUUGGGCUUCCGGAAGAUGGUGGUUCUGACUGGCUAUGAGACUGUGAAAGAGGCGCUUGUCUUGAAAGCUGACCAAUUUGCAGAGAGGCCAGAUAUUCCUAUAUUCAAACAAAUUACAAAUGGAAAUGGUAUUAUUUUUGGCCAUGGGGAUUCAUGGAAAACUAUCCGUAGAUUCACACUGACAGUCCUACGUGACCUUGGAAUGGGAAAGCGGAAUAUUGAGGAAAAAAUCAUUGAGGAAUCUGAACACCUGGUGAAGCAGUUUGAAGCAAAAAAAGGUGAACCGUUUCUGACAACAAUUCCUAUUAACGCAGCUACAUCUAACAUUAUAGUCUCCCUGAUUAUGGGAAAAAGAUUGGAAUAUGAAGAUGAAAUUUUCAUUAAACUUUUGAUCUUGAACAAUGAGAGCUUCCGACUUGUUGGAGGCCCAUAUAUACAGUUGUACAACAUGUUUCCUGUGUUGCACCCCCUGCCUGGACCACAUUAUAAAGUUAUAAAACACCAGAAUAUUCUGAAGGACUUUUUCAGACAGAUUUUCAUCCAACACAGAGAAGUCCUUGAUGAAAAUGACAAAAGAAGCUACAUCGAUGCUUUCAUGAGCAAGAUGGAGGGGGAAAAGAACCACUCAUACUCCCACUUCCACGAAAUGAACCUCCUGUGUACUGUCACAAAUCUUUUUGUGGCUGGAACAGAGACCACGUCUAGCACCCUUUCCUGGGCUCUCUUGAUCCUGAUCAAGCACCCCAACAUCCAGAUGAAGGUCCACGAGGAGAUUGACAGGAUCAUUGGAGGGGCGAAGCCCAGAGCUGAGCACCGGCAGAUGAUGCCCUUCACAGACGCUGUGAUUCACGAGGUUCAGAGGUUUGCCGACAUCCUCCCCAUGGGCCUGCCUCAUGAAACAACCUGUGAUGUAGACCUCAGGGGCUACUGUAUACCCAAGGGGACUUACAUUAUCCCACUGCUGAGAUCAGUACACCGGGAUAAGAACCACUGGGAGAAGCCAGACCACUUCUACCCACCACAUUUCCUCAAUGAGCAGGGGAAGUUUGUCAAACGAGAAGCCUUCAUGCCAUUUUCUGCAGGCCGCAGGGUAUGCGUUGGAGAGACGCUGGCCAGGAUGGAGCUGUUCCUGUUCUUCACGUCUCUGCUGCAGAACUUCUCCUUUCACGCCACCGAAGGGGUGAAUGGGGAAGACAUCGACCUGUCCCCAACUGGGGGUCUGACCCUUUGCGCCCCGAACAUCCAGGUGCGCGCCCUGGCCCGAAACAUAAACGUCUAGGUGCCCCUCUGCUAGCACCAGUCUGUAAUGCAAUCCCAGACCGCCCUCAUAUUAAUCUAUGUGUAGGAUAGAGACCACUCAUAUAUUUAAGGGCAUUUCAUGUCUACUGUAAGCACAACUAGAUGCCAUUAGCUAUAUAGCUUUAGAAAACAUCAAUUUGUGGAAUUUAAUUUUUUCAGAAAUACAGCAAUUUGUGGGAUUAGGUGGUCUUCUCAGGGUCAUCCUUGUAUCAUCACAGGCAUCAACACACUAGUUUCCCAGACAGGCACUCUCAUUGAACAUGUUAGAAUUUAGGUGUGGAGUAUUUUUUAAUUUUAGGGCUGUUAACGUGGUGAUGGUUUACAUUUUGUCAAAUUGUUAAAAUGGUGUAUUCAACAUAUUUGUCACAAGUCUAUUUCCAAUUGAAUAUCUGAAACACUCCUGUUUUUCUCAGGUAACGGAGUAAAAAUACCUUUUUGUAAGUUCCAAGAACGUUGCAAACCACUGAACAAAUGUGCAUUAAAUUUUUCAUAGAGGAGUACAGUACUAGUGUAGUAUAUUAUUACAAGACGCUUUUGGGUAAAAUGCAGAAGGGAAGAACAUUAUCAAUAUUUUUCAUAUCCACAAAUCACCUGAUUUUGGCAGCCAGGUUGUAAAUAAAAAAUGCAGCAAUAAGCACUCACUAAACCUGUUAUUCAUAAUAUGUAUAUGCAAACCUUGCCUUUGUACAAAAACAUUAAGUGAAAUAAAAUUUUGACGGCAAUUGUUUUAAAUUUA